AUGCCAAUAGCUGCACGGGGGCAUCGGAUACGUCAUAGAACACGAGUAGGAGAAGAAGAUGCAUCUCGUCUACAGCUAGGAGAAGAGUUUACUAAUGCAACAUGUUUAUCUGUAAGCGAAGCGAAAAUUAUUUUAGAAGCAGUUCUUUCUCAACGUCAGAAGGAACUUGGUGAUGAGAUUGUUAUGACUGAUGUCAUGAGAAAAACAAAAGAUUAUCUUAAUAUUUUUGCAAGAUUUAAAACACAAGAAUCAGUUCAUGCUGCUGAAAGGUUAGUGCUGCGAGGUGACCCAGAUUUGCAUUCCUUUGAAACAGCACAACUUGGGACACUUUGCUGUGAAGAGGCAGAAGAAGCACGUACACUUGUGCCAUCUCUUGCAGAUAAGAAAUCUGAUGAAGCACUUCAAACUCUUUUAGAUGAAUUAUCGAAUUUACGUCGUUUUCAGAAUUAA